CCCUCCCCGCCUUUCCGCCCCCCCCAAAAAAAGAGAGAUUAUUUUGGAGGCGGAAGGGGGAAGACGAGGAGUCAAGCCGCGGUGCAGGCGGAGGAACUGGGUGUUCGGAAGAUGUUGCAAACCAUUGACUGGAGCGUUUGAAAGGGAGAUCGGCUGCUUUGGCUUUUUUUUUUUUUUCCUUCUUUUUUUUUUCCCUCCCCUCCCCUUUCCCCCUCUCCGGAGGGUAAGGGAUGUGUGUGAUCAGGGAGUGGAAACAAAUAUGUCCUUAUUUUCAAUGCCCCCUUUGAAAGAGACAAAGUAAAUGCUCCUUGCAAAAUGUUCCUGACCUGCGAAGGGACCUUCGGAAUUGUUCCAGCCACCAUGGAUUACAAUGGGGAAGCCAGGCCGGGGGAUUUUCAUGCUGGCUAUCAAGAAAUCGAAGGGAUAAACUUGGGAUACUUACAGAUCAAUGGCACCCAGAUGUUUGCUUUGGCCCAGGUCCUCAGCGACCUGUUUAAGGAUAUCCCCAGGACCACCAUCAGCAAGAAGAUGGAAACCUUAAAGAUCAAGAGCCGGCGCUGCGAUCUUAAAGAGCUCCGGACCCUCAAGGCCAUCAACUCGGUGCCCACCCGCGCGGUGAAGUGUUCGCUCAUCUCCAAGGCGGACCUGGAGGCUCUCUGCACCUCCUGCAAGAGCCUCAGCCCCCGCAGGAGGAAGAGGAAAAGGAAGAGCAAGAGGAGGGAGCAGCUGCUGCUGCCGGACCCGGGGGAGCUGUUCCCCUGCCCCCGGCCCCAGCUGCUGCCGCCCUGCAGAGCCGGCGGCUGCUGCGGCCCCGCCGCCCCGGCCCCCGGCCGCCCCCGCCUUCCCGGCCCGCAGCCCUUCCACAGGGCCUUCCCGCCCCGGGGGGGCCGCGGGCUGGCGGGCCGGGGGGGUCUCUUCGCCGGGGUGCUGGCCGGGUACCCCCGCGACCUGGCCCUGCUGCACCCCGCGGCCGCGCAUCCCGCCGCGCUCCCGGCCGCGCUCGCCCCCGCGGGCCGGCGCAAGCGGGGGCCCUGCUGCGCCAAGGGGCUCUUCCCGCAGGAGAAGGGGCCCGCGGCCGCCAGGAAGGGCCGCUCCUCCGGCUUCCCCGGCUCCAAGCGCCAGGGCACCUCCGCCGGCUACUCCAGCGACUCGGACUCCAGCCUGGACUUCGCCGGGUCCAGCCCCGCCACCUCCAGCGACUCGUCCGAGGAGGAGGAGGAGGAAGAGGAGGAGGAGGAGGAAGGGGACAGCUCGUGCAGCAGCGAGGAAGGCAGCUCCUCGGAGUCGGAGAGCAGCUCGCUGUGCAGCGGGGACUCGGUGCAGAGCACCCGGUACAGGCAGGCGGCUCUGCCGCGCUUCCAGCCGCAGCCCCCCCGGGAGCCCCUCGGGGAGGAGCGCCUGGCCGAGCCCCCCCCGAGCGUGGGCAAAGCGCUGCGCCCCGACCCCGACCUCCUCUUCCUCUCGCAGCAGCUCUGGGCCAGGACUUUGCGAGCGUCAACUUUGGAAAGUUUGAGCCCGGCUCCAGCCCUGGGCUCGGGGGCUCAGCCGCAGCCGGGGCUGUACGCGAAGCAGGAGGCCUCCCCUUCCUCCUCCUCUUCCUCCUCCUCCUCCUCCUCCCCCCCUCCCUCCCCGAGCAGCACCCCCGAGGGGGACCCGCAACAAAAGGAGGGAGGCUUUGGGGACGCCGAGCCCUGCGCCAAAGGGAAGGAUUUGCACAAAGAUGCCUCGAACAAUAGAGCCUCGUUAGAACGGGCUGAGCGGCAAAGCGGAGCCUUAAUCGGGCCGGCGCCUUCCCCAGAGGCGGCCCCGGGCUCGGCCCCGCAGCCCCCGGAGCUGGGGGGGAGCCCCGGCCCCGCGCCCCCCGAGGAGGCGGGGGAGCCCCGGCGGGAGCACUUUGACCGGCUGAUCCGGCAAUCCAAGCUGUGGUGUUAUGCCAAAGGGUUCAACCUGGACGGGAAAAGUUUGCGGCACGGAGGGAGGCCGGAGCCCUGGAAAGGCGCAGAGCUCAAAUCCCCCGGCUCCAAAAGAGCAGAGAGCCCCAGCACCUUGUCAUCCAAAGCUUUGAGAGGCAAUGGCUCGGAAAGGAAUGCCAAGCGCAGACGCCUUGCCAGAGGCGCUGAGGCAGAAAGGCAACAGAGCUCCUCCAAAGGGAGGCCACAAAAGACUCCGAGGAGGAAUGCCAAAAAGGGAAACACUCCCUGCAAACGCCUCGGCAGCGCCGGGCCAACCCCGCCUCGGAAUUCCUUCAGCCUCAUGGGCAACUUCCCUUGUAUUCCCUCCCUGGUCGUGGGGGAAGAUGGGGACCUGUGUCCUGCCUCCUCCCUCGGGGGCAAAAACUCCUGGGCUCUCUCCAAAACCCACCCGCUGUGGAGCUGGCACCUGGGGGGCAACGCCAUCCCGGUGCCCCCCAGCCUCAAAUUCCGGGGCUAUAGCCUGGAGGAUCUCUAAGGACAGCGGACGGCCCGGAGGAAAGGU